CAGCUCCUCCCCCCCUCGCCAUUGCCACGACCCGGCGGCUCGCCGCGGCGACAAUCAUGGCCCCUCCUGUCUCUACCGGUAGGCUCCUCGAGCUCAAUCUCAUAUCGGCCCAAGAUCUGGCCCCCGUCUCGAAAUCCAUGCGGACGUACGCGGUCGCGUGGGUCCAUCCCGAUCGGAAGCUGACGACGAGGGUCGACGAGAAAGGGCACGCGAACCCCAACUGGAACGAGAAGUUCGUGUUUCGCGUGGACGAUGUCUCCCUGGAGACCGACACCUGCGUGAUCACCAUCGAAAUCUACGCAUUGACUUGGCUCCGCGUGGUUCUCGUCGGAACGGUCCGAGCGCUCCUCAGUAGCCUCAUUCCUCCGUCAUCGCGGACGCGGACCAAGAACACGCCCAUGAGAUUCAUGACUUUGCAGGUUCUCCGUCCAUCAGGCCGGCCGCAAGGGGCGAUAAAUUUUGGCGUCUCGCUCAUUAAUAGCAGCAUGCGUAGCAUGCCGUUGAACUCGGAGCUGAGCGCGUCUUUGGCCUUCUAUGACGGCGAAGAGGCGGACCAGAAGGACAACAAAAAGCAACUCGGACAUUAUGGCAACAAGAACACCCCACAGAAGAAUCCCACGAAAAUCCAGCUAUGGCGAUCGCAGAGCGAGAGGACAAAUGACUACUCAUACAACCCUGGAAGCACCAUUUGCAACGACUCGAUGGUCGGAUUCAAGCAGACGAAAGGCGGGAGCAUGUUGGGGUCGAUCGUAUCCGAUGUGGGCCCAUCAGCGUCGAUUGUGGCGGCCGCCAUAGCCAAGGGGUUGCUACACCCUAAUAAGAACAACCGCGACGAGGCCGAGAGCUCCAUACUGCUCGACAAUUGGACGGAGAAGGAUAGCAUCGAGGGCCUGAGGACCAAGAUCGAGCGGUGGCGAACCGAAUUGCCUCCGGUACAUGACCGAGCCAACCACGGCAAGAAGACUGCCAAAUCGGGUGCGAACCAAGGGAGAGAUCGUCCACGAAGGCACAGUGAUGGAGGCGGCUUGUUCUCUUGCUUCGGAAAUGCAUACGGGUGCGAGUUCUCUAUCAGCUGCGGCGGAGGCAAUACCAAGAAGAUCAGGUAUGGCGGCGGUUAACGUUUUUCUCGGUCGAAGCAUAUGAAGAAGCCUACUAAUUCCAUAAAAAGCGCGCAUCUCCAAUCUUUUCAUGAUUAAAUUGUGUUUUAAGCGCGAGAAAGGAAUCAAGCAUUAGUCUAACAAUCGAUAUCAGAAGUGUCCUUUUUGGGCCUGUUGCUACCAUCUGAUAUUGAUCUAUGUGUAAUUUCUUUUGGGACACUGGAUCUGUAUGUAUUGAUGUGGAAAUUGUUAUCCAAGUGGUAGGAGUUAAUUUUUAAGCA